AUGAACACAACAUUCGGCUCAAUAGUGCCUUCCACUAAUUUUAAAUUUUUCAACGGACCUACAAACAAUGACUCUACCAGCACCAAUACUGAUAAUAACAAAGAUAAUUUCUUUUUGAAGGGUAGUGGUGCCGGCUCUUCGAAAAACGUGUUCAUGCUCAAUUCCGCUCCCCAGGUAAAAUUGCAGCAACCGUUACAAGAUUUCCCACGCUCAGCAUCACAUGCGAGGAAAAAGCCAGACCAGAAGAAAAGCUUUAUGAUCAAUGACGAGAAGACCAUACAGCUGAUAGGUCCCUUGAUUCAAUCUCCUGACGGUUUUGGUUUCCAAAAGAGACCACACAAACCAAGAGAAUUACCAAGAUUUUUGAUCAAUCAGGAACCUCAAUUGGAGCAAAGAAAAUUCGUACAAGAUCCAUGGGAUAAGGCCAACCAAAAAAAACUACUAUCCUUGGAAGAAUCCAUCGAUGAUCCUAAUGAAUUAUACGAAACAUUGAAGAAAAUGAGAAAUACAGAGCGUUCAAUAAUGGAGGAGAAAGGACUUGUAGAUAAAGCUGACUCGGCAAAGGAUCUCUAUGAUGCAAUAGUUUUUCAGGGCACCUGCCUAGAUAUGUGUCCCAUCUUUGAAAGAUCAAGGAGAAAUGUGGAGUAUACCGUCUUUUCGUAUGAAAAAAAUCAGCCAAGUGAUAAAAAGGCCUCCAGGUGUAGAGCACUAAAAGUCUUCGCAAGACCUGCGGCUGCGGCCGCUCCUCCUCUACCAUCAGAUGUGAGACCACCUCAUAUUUUAGUCAAAACAUUGGACUAUAUUGUUGAUAAUCUAUUAACCACGUUACCUGAAAGUGAGGGAUUCUUAUGGGACAGGAUGAGAUCUAUAAGGCAAGACUUUACGUAUCAAAACUAUUCAGGGCCUGAGGCAGUAGAUUGUAACGAACGUAUUGUAAGGAUACAUCUUUUGAUACUGCAUGUCAUGGUAAAAUCAAGCGUGGACUUUUCGCUCCAACAAGAGCUAGAACAACUGCAUAAAUCUUUGAUCACACUAUCGGAAAUAUACGACGAUGUCCGUUCCAGUGGUGGAGCUUGUCCAAAUGAAGCAGAAUUUCGAGCUUAUGCCCUUUUGAGCAAGAUAAGGGACCCUCAGUACGAUGAAAAUAUUCAAAGAUUACCAAAGCAUAUCUUCCAGGAUAAAUUGGUUCAAACGGCUUUAUGCUUCAGAAGAAUUAUUUCCAACUCCGCUUAUACUGAGCGCGGGUUUGUUAGAACUGAAAACUGCCUAAAUUUCUAUGCAAGAUUUUUUCAGUUGAUGCAAUCACCCAAUUUACCGUUAUUAAUGGGAUUUUUUCUGCAAAUGCAUCUGACGGAAAUAAGGUUUUAUGCUGUGAGAGCCUUAUCACAUACUUUGAACAAACGGCAUAAACCGAUCCCACUCGUCUAUUUGGAAAAUACGCUGUUUUUUAAUAGUCGGCAAGAAAUAACUGAAUUUUGUAAUUACUACUCGAUUGAAAUCAUUAAUGGAGAUUCAGCAGACUUGAAGACACUGCAUCAUUAUUCGCACAAAUUAGCAGAAACUCAACCCUUGAAAAAAACGUAUCUAAACUGCUUAGAGGAUAGAUUGCAGAAAGUUACUUAUAAGAGUUUAAUAGAUUGUGGUAAGGAAAAUUUUGAUUCAUUAGCUGGUGUAAAAUCGGAUAGGGGAAAUGAUAAAAUCUCAAUUACUGCUGACCAAGUUUUUUCAAAAAAAAAUAUCCCCAGCAAUCCCAAUAUGAUGUUUAGCCAACACACUCCCUUUGAGUCUCAAAUCGUCGCUCCUUCAAGAUUGAACAAAAUUGAACCCAGGGAGAUCUUAUUUCCACUACAAUCUAAACAAUCUGCUCAACCAUCUCAAUUUCAAACGUCAUUCAACAAGCCUCCGUUAACCCAGACGGCUCCUACAUAUCUACCUGAGUGGAAGCAACAAAAAAUCAAAAGCGUAACAGCCGGAAGUCCUCAAUCUUUAAUUAGUCAAUUGUCACAGGGUCCUGAAGGGCAAGUCUUUGGAAAUGGAAGGAUGACCACUACAGACAAUGGUACAGAUAAUGCAAAGUGGAAGAGUGAGGAGCUGGAACGAGAUGAAAACGAAAGAAAGGAACUGGAAAAAAGGAAGGAGGAGAAAGUUCGCUUGAAAAAAAAAGAGGAAGAUGCAAACAAGCAAAUAAUCACCCACCAAAUUGCAGAUGAGUUAAUAAAGGAUGUAGUAAACGGUAAAGUAACUGAAAUUGUUGAGUAUGAGCUCUCAGAGAUGAACGAGAGGAAAACCAUCAUCAAGACGAUGACGCGUGAACUUUAUGAUGCAUUCAUUCACGAAAAACUAUAUCUCAUAUACAUGGAUUCUUGUGCUGAACUGCAUAGACAUUAUUCCCUGAUGAGACGAUUCUUAAAGAACUGGAAAUCAUUCUAUUACAAAGCCAAAAAGAAUCGCGCACUUGAAGAGCGAAAGAGGGAAGAAAUUGAACUCGUGAGCCAUCAAUUAGGAGUACCUAGCUUCAAAAAAUCCACCCGCUUAUUGAGAACCCCAUAUAAGAGUAACGUGGAUUCGUCAUUUAUGCUUUCAUCUUCAGAUAAGAAAAAUAUAAUCUUUUCACCUGUAAAUGAUGAAUUCAACAAAUUCUCAACUCAUUCAACCAGAACCUCGAAACUAUGGGAACCAUUGGAUAUGAAAUUGUUUUAUUAUGAUAAGAUGACUGAAAAGUUUCCUGUCGACUUUCUUACCCCAGCAAAUAUUUUUAUUUAUGCUAAAGAUUGGACAUCGCUCUCCAAUCGUUGGAUCUUAAAUAAAUUUAACCUACAGUGCAUGCAGGAUUCAAAACAUUUCAAUAAUAACGUUAUCACCAGCGAGAUAAGAUGUAUCGAUGAUAAUUAUGAACCGUCCGAUUUUAGUGAUUUGCAAUUAUUGAUCUUCAAUACGGGUGUUACAAAUCCUGAUAUAUUUGAUUUAGAAAUGAAACUAAAGGAUGACGGCGAAGAGCUGAUAAAAUUGAUUACUGGUGUUUCCCUGAAUACCAACAUAUGCUUCUGCCUUUUAAUCAUUUAUUGGGAAUCUGCAGAAAAUACGUUGUCGGAAACUACUAUUAAACAGUCUUUAAAGCUAAAUCGAAUAUCUAAAAACUAUGGCAGCGUUAUUGAACGUAUUGACUUGAUGAAUCUCACGGAGGAAUUCCCUCAUAAAUGUUUGGAGGAUAAAUUAUCCGAAAUAUCACAGUCUUAUGUGUACAAGCUGACAGAAAGAGGGAACUAUAAUAAAACACUUAGUCAAAAAAGGGCCUUGGCUGGCGUCCACUCACGUAAUACUCAAUUACAGACUACAAAGGAUAUUGAUCAAAGGAUGAAGAAAAUGCUGGAAAAAGAAAAAAACAAAUAUCAACAACAAAUGGGUGAAAGGAAUACUUACGCACAUCUUGAAUCUCAUAUAGCAGCAUCACCUAGGGCCAAGAAAAGGAAGCUGCCAAUACUUUCAUCAUCCUCUCAUUCAAGUCAAUUUAAAACACCCCUAGCAUCUAGGCUGAAUACGUCCGGUACAUCUACAUCACCACCACUACCAUCUCACUUGGCCAUGAAAUUUAGAAGAAACUCAAGAGUUACUAGUCUGCAUACUGUACUGCCCGUUAGCACGCCAAGUCAUAGUACCAAUUUGCCGGCUACUAAUUCCAACGGCAAUGACGCCACAGAUACUCAAUCUCAACAAUUGACGAGAAGCAAAAGAAGUACUCUAGAACUUUCAAAUAGUGCUUUUGAUAGAGUACCCGAAAGCCAAGCCAUAUAUCAAACACCGACUAAUGUCGCUCCAGCGUCAGAUAACACUGAUCAAGAUAAAGAUGACAUUCCUGAUAGCAUAUUAGAGCUCAAAAUUUUGAUCGAUUCUGUCAAGAAAAAAGUAAAUAAUGACUAG